AAAGUUGCUUUAAAAUUGUUAAAUAAAUCACAUGAUAUAAUUGACGAAAUUUUAAAAGAGAUUAAAGCAUAUUCAAUGAAUAAAUGCGGUAGUAACAUUAUUAAAAUAUAUGGAAUAUCUCAAGAUCCGAAAACAAAAAAUUAUAUUAUAGUUCUUCAAUAUGCGGAAGGUGGAAAUUUUAAUGAUUGGAUAAAUAAAUGUUAUAAACAUUUUGAUUGGAAUAAUAAAUUACGAACACUAACUAAUAUUAUUAUUGGUUUAAAUGAAAUUCAUCAAAAACAGAUGGUUCAUCGUGAUUUUCACACGGGAAAUAUAUUAUUUGAAUAUGGAUAUGUUAACCAAUAUAAUGAUACGUAUAUUUCAGAUAUGGGAUUAUGUGGAGAGAUUGGUAAUGUAGACAAAUCCAAAAUUUAUGGAGUAAUGCCUUACGUAGCUCCAGAAGUGUUAAGAGGAAAACCUUACACCAAAGCAGCAGAUAUAUACAGUUUUGGUAUGAUUAUGUAUUUUGUAGCAACUGGAAGACAGCCUUUCUCUGAUCAUGCUCAUGAUAAAGUAUUGGCAUUAGGUAUAUGUAGUGGAAUCAGACCUAAAUUAAAUGAAUUAGAAGCACCAAAUUGUUACGUUGAAUUAAUGGAAAGGUGUUGGGAUUCUGUUCCAGAUAAUAGACCAAAUGCUAUUGAAAUAAUAGAUAUUAUUUACUCGUAUAAUCUUGGUUUGAACGGUGAAAUUAAUAAACAAUUUAAAGAAGCAGAAGAAUACAGAAAAGUAAAUAUCUCAUCUAUUGAAAUCAACCAAUCAACAACACAUCCACAAGCUAGUAAUAUAUCUAGAUUAUUAAACCCUUUUACGAAAGACCUUCCGAAAUGCGAUAAUAAUGAUGAUCAUUCCGAAUGUUUAGACUGUUCAAUUGCUGAUUAA